AUGGCGCUCUGCAAUUGGCUCGUGGUGGAGGUGGGUGGGGACGCAAGGGAGGACCGGGCGGGGAGAGGAGUGGCAGUGGUGGCAGCUGUGGGGCCCCCGAAUUCGCUCCGGAGGAGCGUGCUCGAACCGGCCAGUGUCUCGUUCGUUCGGCCGAAUCCAGCCAGUGCCGUAGCGACGUCUAUCCUGGGCAGUGCUACAACGACACCUAUCCUGGGCGGCAGUGCCACGGUUGUUGAUCCUCGUAUCCUGGGCAGCGCAGCGACUAGACGAGUGGGAGAAUCAGACACGAGCGGCGUGGACGGCAUGGGUGGCAUGGGCGGCAGGGUUCGGUGGCAUUCUGGCGACGAGUUUGGUGCGGGCGUGUGCCUUCAGCAGCAGCCUGUGUGCAACGCAGAUGAUCGGCUCAGGUCCCCCGCAGGCGACAAUCCGUGCAGGGGUGCGGAAGGUUGGCGCACACAAGAUGAGCACGGGGUGAUAUACCAGAGCAGGGCCACUGGCUGCACAUGCGAUGUGCAAGACGAGUGUGCCACGAACGACGAGCGAUCGCGUCCAUGCCAGGCCGUGGGGACUGGUUCGGCGCUGAACCAGAGGGUUAAGAGACGCAGCAUGGCGGAGCGGCGAAGGAGGGAGAGGAUCAGUGAGGGGCUGCAGAGGCUGCGGGCGAAGGUGAGGGGGCGGGGGGACACGUGCGCUAUGCUGGAAAGGGCAGUGGGUUAUGUUGCUGCGCUGGAGAGGCGCGUGAUGGAGCUAGAGGGGGUUGUCAUGGCGGCUGCUGGGUCUGGGAGAAACGGUUUUCCCAAGAACGCAUUUGCUGGUGGUGCUUUUGCUGGUAAUACUUUCGCUAAUGAUGCCGCGGCAGUGAGGGCGAUUCCGUCUGCACUGACUUCGGUCCCUACUAGCCUUGGGAGUGACGCUGUUGCUGGUUGGCCUUGGGAGUGA